AGUAUGCAUACACAUUUCGGAAGCGGUAAUGCGGUCCUACCUAUGCCCGUCAAAAUAUGACGAUGUCACUGUGAAAUAUCUGUAUCAUGGUACCAGUGCGGACAAGGCGAAGUUGUGUGAAGAAGGGCUGGACCAACGCCUUAGUCGCAUGGGGUACUUCGGCAAGGGCAUAUACUUCAGUGACACCCCUUUGAAGUGUGUCCAUUAUGCUGAUGACCCUGGCCGGUCAAACCCUGACGAGGCUUACAUACUCAAGUGUCGGGUCAUUCUCGGUGAUGUCAAGGUCUAUCCACAUGGCACAAAUGAUAUAUCAUUGAAAAGAGAGCCAGAAAAAGAGGAUACUUAUAGCGGUUGGCGUUAUUAUGAUUCAGUUAAGGGAUGCCCGAAGGAUUUCAACGAGUAUGUGGUCUACGAAAGUCGAAGGGCAUUGAUUGAGUACAUCAUAACAUUCCAAGUCAACAAAGACCUUGUGGCAAAACUUCGAAGCAAAUCCUUGAAAAACUCAAGUAAACCAGUCUGUGCAGCACCAUCCACACCUGCAAAACAGUCUGUGAUUUUUAGGACAAACCAGUCUGUGAUACCAAGCACACAGUCUCGGAUGACAGCUGGUCAAAACGCUGAACACAAUUUUCAUACAAACCAUAUAGAGCGUAACUUGACAGAUAGAAUACCAAGAUAUGGCCAAAUGCCCAAUACCCCAGACACAGAACACUCUAGAAGAAUCCAAGAAGUUCGGGAAACAGUCAGACUCAAACGCUCUAUAGAAUCCACAAAUCAGACUGGAUUACAGGUUCAAGCAGAAUCAGCAUCACAACAGCAACAACAGCAGUUACAGCAACAGUUGUGGCCUGUAGAUGAUGUGGAUUCAGAAAUGAAUGACUUGCUGACUCGGCCACUGAGUCGUUCUGAAGUGAGUCUCAAAUCCCAGAGUAGUCACGCUGAAGUUUUUGAUGGACCUCCAGCACCGCCACGACAGAGAGAUCCAAAGACUCGGGACGAGGCUAGGUCAGGUCAGCAAGUGCUGGACUUGUGCAUACACGAGUUCAUGAAUGUCACGAACAUGGAGGACUCAAAUAGAGCUCGAUACUUUGUGCAGCGAGCUGACAUGGAUGUGAACAAGGCUAUCUCACUGUAUUACGAAGAAAUGUGAAACUCAGUGAACAGGGCAUUAAAUUUUUUCUACCUGAACUGACAUGGUUUUAUCAAAUAAAAAUUAAUUCCAAGGCCCGUAACUUCGCCAAAAAAUCAAUGGAACGGAACGAAUUUCACACUAUAUUUAUAGCUUAUGUAGGUAGCUUCACAUACCAAAAAUCAGCUUAAUAUCUGAAAGUGUAAAAAACGGUAAUUAUAGAGAAAAUGUAUAAAUUCAAUCUAACUUCGAAGCUGUUGACGAAUUUUAUGGUUUGUCUGUGUUGACGAUGGUGAAAGUAAAAAUGUGUAGUAGAUGAUAAACAUUAAUGAUACAUUUCUUUAUAAAGAUUUGUUAUUUUCAAUGUAUUAUUUUCUUUUUCAUCAAACAUAAUAGAUUUAUGAAAUCUGAAGCAUUUCAGAUUGGUGUGAAUUUCACUGAUUUACUUGUUAUAUUCCAUGAAUUAAUAUCACAAAAAUGUUUUUGAAGCAUAAAAAUUUCCCUUGAAAAGUGCACAAUUCAAAAAAUUAAAACUCAGGAGGGGAGAUCCCUCACAUAACCUCCCCGGUUGGACCCCAGUGAAAAAGACAUUUGAACGGCCCUGGAGAUAGUCACUUAUAGACCGUUCCAUAAUCGAUAAAUUGACCGCCGCCAUAUUGUCAGUCACGUGACUGUCCGCCAUUACACUGCUGCUAACUUGUGCGAGUCUGCGAUUCCAAAAGCCAAAGACGUAGAGAAUACCCGCUUCACCGUUGUCGGAUAAAUAAAUUACUUAAUGAAUUAAUGAGAGGCGAUUAUCACAUUGUUGUUGUUUAAAUGAUUGUUUGAAGUUGAGAUUGAUUGUUACAAAUAAAAUGUUUAAAAUG